UGGCUCAAGCCACCCGAAAGUCAUUGACAGGUUGGCACCCGCUGAGAAGCGACGCAGACGAUCUGACCACUGCCAGAAGGGCUGCGCGACUCCACAGCGAUGUCACUCCCCGUGGUGUGCGCUGUCGCCUUCUCAGUCAUGUAUUCUGGUUUUCUUUUUAUCUGGACGGUAGUGCACGGCAUCGUGGAGCACCGACCCUAUCCAGAGACAACGAGGCUCGCAUUCUUCCUCAUUGUUGUGACGCUCACCACAGUGGAACUACACCAUGUCUGGAUCGGGCGCAUGUGCGGUUGGAUGGCCUGGGUCAUCCUUGUCGGCAACAUCUGGGGGUUACUAGACGCCGUGCUGCGGUUCCCCGUAGUCCCCAACUUGAGGUCGUUCUUCACCCUGAAGCAGUGCCUCAUCGCGACCUUCAAGGUCGUCUGUUUUCGAUACAGCUUCGAGCCCCUUAUCGUCGAGAAUAUGAUGUGGCUUCUUGCCCUUCUCAUCGUCAACGCCUGGCUUCCGAUUAUGUACGUGGCGGCGUUGCCCUUCGGCGACGCGGUGGAGCAGCGGCUGGCGGCCCACGACGUCGUCAACGUCGACUUGGCUCUACGCAUCAUCGGGCCUGCCACGAGUCAGCAACGGAGGCUCGAUAGCUACAGAACCCUGAAGAGAGGGGCUCGCAGGGCGGCUGCGGAUGUCGCAUGGAUAUCAGAGAAGCUCGUCAGCCUCAGCUUCCAGACCCAGCGGAGCCCGCUCUUGAAGAGCACCCGCAUCUUAAGGUGCGUGUAGAAGCACGAAGACUGGUGCUACCGACAUGGGUAUGGAACAUGGGUACGUAGCACCCCGCAGGUGCGGAUAAGAGUGAG